CCCGACUUUAUACUACCUUGAUACUUAAAAUAGAUCUCAGGGUAUGGUAUUGUCAAACAAUAUUGGGAUUACACAUCUGUUAAAAGCUUUGGAUAUAAUGUGACAAUGAUAGGAACAGGCGCGUACCUUUCUUUAGUUUUCGUGUUUCUGAAUGUUCUUGUAUCGACUAUACAAUACUGUCCAAGUAUAACUGGUGGUUCAGUGCCAUGGUGGAUCCUAUACCAACAGAAAGAUAAACCUUUCAUACAUUACUAUGUCGAUAGUACUAACAAUGAGAACAUUACGGUUCAUUUUCCAGAAAAAUCGGACAGUGUUUUAUCGCGUGUGAUACUGUCCAUCAUCAACAAUGAGUCUGCAGAGUAUAUGGUUUAUUUCAGCGAUUUUCUUAACGCAAAAAAUAUCGCAGAUAUCAAGCAGAUUCCAAUGAGAUCACAAUGGAUGCAUGGUAUGUUUGCCACAGAUAACUCAUGGGAAUCUGGUACCUGGUUACUAAGCAAUAAUCUUCUUUUCCCACCAACAAAAGAUAGUAAUUUAGUUUCACCAGAAUCGAGACAAUGGAUAUCGUCUACUAUUGGAGACAGUGGAAUAGAUUUGUUUUAUGUUUGUAUAUCAGCAGAUAGCAACAAAGACGUUCAAAGUAUAUUUGGGAAAAUAUUGGCUGGGAACCCAUUUGUGUUCAAUCAAAGAAUAAAUGAAAAUGCAUUCAUGAAAGCAUACCUUCAAGACGUACGGCCACUUAAUUCAUCCUUUAGCUUGCACGCGUCUGCAAACCUAUUUAUGAAUUGCAUGUAUGCCACACUGAAUGAGACACAGGAUCACUGCUUGUUUAAAUACUCUGUGGAGACUGGAACUGAAAUAACUGUCUUUACAAGACCACGUGGGAUGAUCAAACGUUCCAGAUCAUUUUGUUACAAUGCCCAGUCUCAACAUUUAUACGAGUUUGGUGUACUUGAACAAACCUCAUUUGAUAACUCAGGGAAGACAAGUAAUUCAAUGUUUGUGUUAUCAGAUAAUACGGAUUCACCUGCUUCUGGCAUUACAUGCUUUGGACAAGAUAUAUCUGCCAGCACAGAGACAGUUGCCAUCAUGAUUUGUGUUCGUCUACCUGGGCUUUACAAAGAUAUCAUAGAAUCAUCAGAAGUCAGUACUUGGACAUGUCCACAGCAAAAACAGCCUACUUCACAUACAACCAGUACCUCCAGUAUUAAUUCUAAUGACAACACUGUGGCCUCGCCAUCAGUUUCUGCUGGACAACAUUCAAGUAAUGGAAUACCAAGCGAGAACACAGAGGAUAAUAAACAUGAAGAUGCAGAGUAUGAUCCCAAAGAAAAGCAUUAUAGAAAAUUCUGUGAUUCACAUGAUUGUUCUUUGCCAAACGAAGACCUAAAUAUUUAUUCGAAGGCUGAGAAAAAUACACAGGAUGACCCAUUGCAGAAAUCCGAAAAAGUUAGCAAAAGCUUUGAUGAAAUGGUAACUGACAUUCAACAACAGGAGACAAUGCAGAUUCCAACAAAACACAAAAAAGAGAGUAAAUCUUUUAAGAGGACAUAUAUUCAUUUACGAUCCGCAGAUGAUGAAAUAAGGAUAAACAAAUACUUAUUAAAGACUGACAGUGCAGUUUUAGGGUUAUUUUGCAGAGAUGGUUGCACACAUUGUCAAAAAGCAAAAAAUGAAAUGCACAAACUUAGUCAGAAGCUGGAACUUUUGGCAGUUGACAUAGUCAUUAGUGAUAUCACUAACCCUUACCUUCAAGACAAAAUGGCAGUUUCCUGGACUCCAUUUAUAAGAUAUAAGAGUCACGGAGCAUCUUCUACAUGGAUCGAUUAUACGGGAAGUGACUAUAAGCUUGGGUCUAUAAUGAAAUUUCUGCAUAAAUCUAUGACAUCAACAGAAUCUGGGAGCACAAUAACACAGCAGACAGAAAACGAACAGUCAAAAAGAAAAAAAAGAAGCAUUCUUGCUGAUAUUUCUAGAGCAAUUUAUAAAUAUUUUUUACCAAAGGAAGUGUGUCCAGUCAAAAAUCGUGUAAACAACCCACACUAUAUAGCAGCUGACAAAGCUAUGAUACCAAACCCAAAUAACAUAACUGACGUUAUCAUACGGUUCGAGACGACAAAUGGAGAACCUAACCUGAAGGCUUACGACGCACAACCCAAAAAUCCUAAAGUUCAUGACACCACAAUAGGUUAUGGGUUCAACCUAAACAGAGACGGUGCAAAAGAAACUUUCCAAAAACUUGUUCCAGAAGUUGAUUUUGAUAAAGUUAAGACGGGACAAGAAUACAUAACAAAGAAACAAGCCCGUAAACUAUUGGAUCAUGACAUCACUGAACACGAAAACAGAGCCAAAUUGAUGCUUGGAGACAACUUGUAUGAUUCCUUACCACCAAAUGUCAAGUCUGCGGUCAUAAGCGCAGUAUACAGAGGCGAUCUUGGUCCAAAAACGGCAGAUCUGAUGAAAGAAGGAAAAUGGCGAGAUGUCGGCGUAGAAUAUUUGAACCAUCAGCAAUAUAAGAAAGCAAAGGAACUUGGCAUUAUUGGAGUUAGAACAAGAAUGAACUGGAAUCUUGAACAAUUCAAUACCAUGAUUAAAGAAUGAAUAAGAGUACAGGAAGAGUGUUAACUGUUUAUGUACAUUUACGUGAUUGUAUAACGAAAUAGAAUAAACCCAUU